GCCGGGGGAUGUGUGGACUGUGCGCUCUUGGGCUCCAGUGUUUUUAUACUUAGUUUAAGAGUAACAACACAGAUUUCUGCCUGACUUUUCGGCCUUUCGACAGGACUUCCUCCUCGGCGGAGGCACCCUCCUCGUGCCCUUUCACCCCUCCCUCCCCCAGCACCUGUAUCUUCCUCGCGCGCCGCUCGCGGGCUGCCGGCUAUCGACACGGGGUUUGGUUCCUUCUUUCAAAAAGAGACUAAAUAAAAGAUGCCGAGGCGUUAGAGCAGCGCGCUCUGUGAGCCCCAGGAGCUUCCAACCACCCGGUCGUUUCCUCGUUCCUCUCCUCCGGCUACCAUGAGCGACGCGGCGGACGAGGAGGGCGUCUCGCGUGCGUCCCAGGUGCCGCAGCAGGUGUGCCAGGACCCCCCGCCGCUCGCGGACCUCUAUCGAGACUACGUGAGCCACUGCGAGCAGGCGUGGCCGAGCGGCACGGGUGCGCUGUGCGACGACUCGAGCCCGCUCGGGGAGAGCGCGAGGCGCCUCGUGCGCUCACGCGGCUGCGGCGCGGCGCGCUCCGCCGCUGCCUUCGACGUGUGCACCACCGCAGCGGAGCGCGUGCGGGCGAGUGAGCUGGAUGGGCGCGAGGUGCUGCGCGCUCUGGGCCGCGCCGCGGAGCUGCUGGAGACGUACAGCCUGAACGCGGCACUCUUUCCCUGGAGGAAGGAGAUGAGAAGCCUCAAGACAUUCACGGGCCCCUUUGUUUACUGUGUCCAGUCGGCUCUUCCAGACCACAUUGCCAGGAAGGUCCUUGAGAGCAUCGGGUACCGCAGGGAGACGGACACAGAGUACAGACUGAGUGAGAACGUGGGUCCCGACAGGCCCAUGCAAGUGGCCUUUGAUCUGUUCCUCGCCAGGCAGGAGUGCGAGUAUUUGCUGGAGGUGCUGGGUGACAGGACACGUGCCGAAUGUAUCCACUUCCUCCAGACAAGGUCUUUGGAUACAGAUGGGCAGGGGUGCAUGUCCAAGAGUGCGGGGGACACAUCCGGGGAAGGCGGCUCUUCACUCCAAGCGGACGUUUCGGAGCAUCCGCGCCAGGAUGCUGAUGAGGCUUGCCCUUUGGUGGACCCGGGGUCAUUGCUGAGGGACCGGUGUGAGUUUGUGGCGGACUCGGCUGACAAUGCGGAGCAGAGGAGCCUGGAGAUGCCACCCUUAAGGGAGCUGUCCCCGCAAGCCAUGAGCCAGCCUUAUACCUUCCUGCGGGACAAGUCCAUCCUGGAGAUGCAGGAGAACUACCCCGAUCUGGCCAUCCGGCAGAAGCCGGUGUUCAGCAAGCCUCAGUCACUCGUCACAGCCUCAGGGAGGCCCUUGGAGGCGCGAAUGCCGGAGGUCGGCCCAGUGGCCCUGGUGUCGCCCGGCGACAUGAGUGGCCCUCAGUCUAUGGCUGUCCUCCGUCCUCUAGUGGCACCUGCCAGCAGCACAGCUCUGCCGCAGCUGUACACCCACAGGGAUGCAAGAGCCAUGGGGGAAGGCGACGCGCUGUCUGAGAAGCAAGUGUCAGGAGACGACCUCCGGGUGGCGCAGCUGAGCAAGCAGCUUGACAAGCUACACAUCAAGGAGCCUUGCGGGGACGACAACCUAAAAUACCCCAUAGAGGAGACUGCUCUUCUGGACGCGUUGUGCCAUGACACAGACUUCGCCCUCCUCAGUUCACCUCGGUCCAGGACCCAGGUCCUGAUAUGCAGCCCCCCAGGCAGUGACAGGGCCAGCAGCUCUGGACACAAUACAAUUAAAGAGCCUCCGCAGUCCUUCUACAUCCCUCCCAGCCCCCUGGGGACGCACUGUGGGACGGAGCCAUGUGUGGACCCUGCGUCCUUGUGCUCCCGGUGCCAGCAUGCCUGCAGGGGCUCGUGCCAGCGUCCGGAGGAUGACAUCUUGCAGACAUAUGUCCUGGUGGAAAGAGAGAAGAAGGACGUGAGGCCAGACGGUGGCUUCUAGGAGAUCACACAUGGGGAAAGGAGAUGUGGACUUUGUUGGUCCUUUAGGGUCGACAGCUUUCUAAGGUCCCUUCCAGGUAACAAGCGCAGAGGGAAAUGCACAGCGUGGGGCUAAGAGCAGGUGUGUAACCUGAUGGUGGACCCAUGUAGAACAACACAAGGUGACCGUAUUGGUUAAUCUUGGUUUGUGUCCUGAUCAAAUCUAAUGGGGUUUUUUUUUUUUUUUUUGGAAUUCUAUUCAUAAAAUAUAUGGUUUCAUAUGACUGCUAGAUGUCUGAACACAUGCAAUUAAUGACCACUUUUCACUGAAUUUUACCUGUUUUACUGACUUUUUUGGUGUGUGCAGUCAGAAUUGGGCAACUGUGGGAAAUGACACUGUAGUAAUGGGGAAUAUGAUACAUUGUGCUCUAAAGUUUACACACACUCAUACAGAGUGGUAUUACUGCAGGUAAAUGAGGUCUGUACACCCUUAACUCAAGAAAGUAUAGAACUUGUAACUAGGAAUGAAGGCGAUUACAAGGUAUAACAACCUUAGGUGGUGGUCUGUUUUAAAACUGUUUAUAAACAAUAGACCACCAAGUUUUGGAUAGAAACAAGAGAGCACUGUCAAACAUAAGCAGGGGUUAAACAACUAAAACUGAAGAACUGUGUGCCUUUCUUUAUUCUUCAGGAGUUGAGGUUAUAGAGAUGGAUGCUUAAGUAGUUUCCUUACCUCUGUCAACACAACCGGAAUUCCAGACCAGCAGCUAGGGGUCAAGGUCUGUAGCAAACCCAAUCAUACAAUCACAACAAUCCAGUGAUUGGCAACGCAAGUUAAAAAAAAGGACCCUUCCUUCCCAACCCCACCCCCCUCCUGUCCUAUGCAAUGCCAGUGUUGCUGAAACAUUUGCAUCAACCAGCUGAGGGCAACCGUUGACUAAAACUUUAAGGAUUGAUUUUUGGAUCAGGAUUAUUAGUUAUAUCAGUAUGGAAUAAGACCCCCCCCGCAGACUGACUGGAAGGUGACGUUAGAGGGAGGGAAACUGUACCCUGUGAAGGUGUAUCUUACUGUGAAAAUGUUUCCUGAAGCAGUUUCACACUUUCUCAGAGAAGUUAUUUACUUUGUGGCUCAGGUAAAGGAUUUUUGUUUACUAAAUUGUUUUCAGUGCACUGUUACUAUAAUAUGUUUAAUGGCAACUGAUUUUAAUACUGGAAGUGCAAAUUAUAUACCAAAGCUUUUAUAAAGUUUUAACCACCCC